GCCGGUGCUGGGCCACUGUAACGCGGGCAGACCCACUACUCCAGGCCGGCGCUGGGCCACUGUAACGCGGGCAGACCCACUACUCCAGGCCGGCGCUGGGCCAUUGUAACGCGGGUAGACCCACUACUCCAGGCCGGCGCUGGGCCACGGUAACGCGGGUAGACCCACUACUCCAGGCCGGCGCUGGGCCACGGUAACGCGGGUAGACCCACUACUCCAGGCCGGCGCUGGGCCACGGUAACGCGGGUAGACCCACACUCUCUCCCCGCUCCCCCAGGCCGCGGGGCCUCGCCUCCCCGGCGCCGACAGCGGGACGUGCAACCGACGGACAGGAGGCGCGAAACCCUCGGGCCGGAGAGGACGCCGCCCGCCAUGUCAAAAAAGAAGGGAUUGUCGUUUGAAGAGAAGCGAAAUCGUAUGAUGGAAAUAUUUUUUGAAACCAAAGAUGUGUUCCAGCUUAAAGAUUUGGAAAAGAUUGCCCCAAAGGAGAAAGGAAUCACUUUGAUGUCAGUGAAGGAAGUCCUUCAGAGUUUGGUGGAUGAUGCCUUAGUGGAUUCCGAUCGAAUUGGAACUUCCAACUAUUUCUGGGCAUUUCCAAGUAAAGCUCUUCACAUCCGGAACCAGAAAUUGGAAACGUUGGGGAGUCAGCUCAGUGAAGCAACCGAAAGGAAACAAAGUGUAUGCCAAAAUAUUGAGAAAGUAAAUGUGGGACGUCAGAAUACGGAAAACCGUGCAACGUUGUCAAAAGAAUUGGAAGAACUUCGAAAAGAAAAGAUUCAAUUGAAAGCAGAGGUGGAAAAAUACCAAGAAUGUGAUCCAGAAGUUGUAGAAGAAAUCAGGCAGUUAAAUAAAAUUGCAAGAGAUGCUGCCAAUAGAUGGACAGAUAACGUCUUUACUGUGAAAUCCUGGGCUAAGAAAAAGUUUGGAUUUGAACAGAAACAAAUUGAUAAGACUUUUGGAAUUCCAGAAGAUUUUGACUAUAUUGAUUGACGAUUUCAAGCUGCACAAAUCGAUUUGUUCCUGAUUUGAGGCUCCGUAAAGUAUUGUGUUGAUAAUAAAACUAUUUAUUUUACCAUAAGAAAUGCUUAACUUCCAAGCACUCCAUUUUGUUCUUUGGAGGCCACAGGACCAACAUCCUGAAGAGAGACCUUCCUACUAUUCUCACAUUUUUGUUUUAGUUUUGUUCCCUGCUUGAUUAUGCCUCACAAUAAAAAGACACGCUUGGCCGUUGA